CGUGGUCGUUCAUGAACCAGAAGCUUUAAACCAGGUCUUCCAAAAAGGAAAGGAUAGAUGGUAUGGACAUGGACAACUGUUACAAAAACACACAUUCAGAGUCAGAUCAUGAUCCAUUAGGAGACAGUUUUAGCAUUGGCAUCGUAGCUGUACUUGGAGGUAGAUAAUCAGCUCAAAUCGUGUAAUUGAAGAGAAGAUAAUGGAUAUUGGUGAAUUCAACAAGAGGUACCCUCAUGAUCAUAAGAAGCAAUUGCUUGACGACGACGAUGACGAAGACGAUGACGACGACGACCAUCAGGUGGAGGGCACUAGUGCUCCCGCUACCUCUUCUUCUUCCUCUUCUUGGAGGAUCAGGAGAAGUACUGGUAGUACAAGUGACAAUCUCGUUUCACCCCACAAAAACAAAUUAGUAGAUCAUGAAGACAGUGAUGAAGAUCUUUUCACGGUUCCGGAUGUAGAAGCUCGACCACCGGCGGAGUCUGCUGCUGCUGCUGGUGGUGGUAAUAAUACUACUACUUACAAUAAUAAGAACAUUAAUUCUAAUAAUCCAGAGGUUCAAUCCGCCGCCGCAGCGGCAUCAGCAGCAGCAGGGAGUAAUAAACGCCAUAGAGGACGAAACCCUGUUGACAAAGAAUAUAGAAGGCUCAAGAGCAGAUUGCUAAGGAACAGGGUCUCAGCCCAACAAGCUCGAGAAAGGAAGAAGGUUUACGUCAAUGACUUGGAAUCAAGAGCCAAAGAAUUGCAGGAAAUGAAUACCAAAUUAGAGGAGAAGAUUUCCACCUUGACCAAUGAAAACACCAUGCUUCGGAAGGUCCUCAUGAAUACCAGGCCUAAGGUUGAUGAAAGCAUGGAGCAAAAGCAGUAACAGCUGGGCAAAAGCUGAAAAUGCAUCGCCUCCUAUGAUCAGAUUGAUGUAUAAUAUCGCCAGUGAUCUUGCCAGCUGCUUAUGCAUGGCGAAUACUUAAAUAGCAUAUGCACUUCCACGAAAAUAUAUACAGUCGAGGCUGAUUUUGAAGUGGUUAAAUCUUUUCUAGACGAAUGGCUGCUCAGUUUAAGGCCCCAAGAAAUAAAAAUAAAAAUGAGCGUGUCUAUCUAUAUAUUUAUGUAUUCAGUCAAUUUAUGGCAGCCAUGCAUGGAUAUUUUUCAGGCGGCUUUGCAUCCAAAUCAUGUGGCUUACUGAAUAUUAAGUCAUGUAAACUCAUAGGUCAUUUUAAUUGCCGAAGUUAUA